AUGCGCAAAGAUUUUCCAUUUGUGUUUGGCCCAGACCAGAUAGCGGCCCAGGAUGACCUCUGGUCGGCGCUUCUCGAAUCGCCAGCCCUUUGGCUGAUCGACUAUGGGUUGGCGGCCAACGUCAUCCUCACCAUCGAUACCUCACAAAUCGCAGUCGGCUUCCACCUCUGUCAAUGCGCACUCAACAAUUCGCGGGUUUGGUACUAUGCCCAAUUCAGCUCCAUCACCCUUCACGACCGCAAAUCGCAAUUCUCCCAACCCAAACUCGAACUCUACGGCCUCUUCUGUGCCCUCCAAUCACUCAAGAUGUAUCUCAUUGGCGUUCGGAACCUGAUAGUCGAAGUAGACGCACGCUACAUCAAGGGCAUGCUCACUAACCUAGAUCUUGAACCCAGCGCUAGCAUCAAUUGCUUCCUCCAUCAGAUCAACAACAUGUUUCCCACCACCAACUCAACCUCAACGACGGCCAUCUUUACCUCCUCACUCAUAGGCGACCUCCCGACCGAUGCCGACUCUGACGACGAAGGCCCAACCAUUGACUAUUCAGAUAUCCCAAGAUUGCAAAAAGCUUUGGAAGUCGAGAAAUGCCUAUGGUUGGUCCGCGACUGGCACUGA